AACAUAGCACAAAUUUUCCAGUGUUUUUAUUUGAAAAAAGCUAGGAAAUUAAAUGAACAUUUAGUUAGAUUCCUGAACAAUGUUUUUUUUUUAAUUGUGUACAUUGUGAAGUACGUUUAUAAGUACGUUUUAACGAUUUCAAGUCGCGUUAAAAUCAAUACUAUUUAAUUUUAGUGAUAAUUUUUCAUUUUAUUGGGUGAUUUAUAUGAACGGUAGUGAGUUGACUUUCUUGUCUGGUACGGUAUCAAAGACUCAUAAUAUGGACUAUGAUAUUAUAUCAAAUCGAUAACUAACUAUAAAACGUGAAGUGCACUACAGAUUCUUGGACUAUUUUCUGGCGAGGUUGGUUAAAAGUCCCUCCCCGCGCAUGUUCCGCCCCCGCUCUUUCGACUUGCGUUUGGUAAACCCUGUGGGUGCAGUAACUGCUCCAGUGCUGUCUAGAACACACCAGGUGCAUAGUGCGCGCUCAAAGUCCUAAACAAUUUCAUUUUGAGUCAAAUAGUCUUCAACACUUGUUGCUGGUCGCCCGAUUAACUCGCAACUCCGCUUGAAAUGUUAAUCUGCCCUGGGACAUAGUUUUCUCAUCAUGGAUAAUAGAGACGAACAGGCCAGAGACAAGCCGGGUGAUCCUGGGCCAUCUGGUUCCGGAAUUGAUACAUCCAAGAGAACUCGCAUUAUAAAUAAUGGAUCUAGUAGUAGUCAUUCAACAUCCUCAUCUGACAAUGACUCCCGGAUGUCCCCACCGCAAAGAAAAAGACAGAAGAAAUCACUCCGGUCACCAUUACAAUUACCGCCGGACUCGCAAGUCGCUGGCACAAGUAGUAUGGCGGAUAUGAUGCACUUUACCAUCAAAACCCUGGAUUCCAGGGACCAUCCAAUGGAAGUGCACAAACAUAGCACAGUACUGGAACUCAAACAAAAAAUCCGGGAGCUUAUGGGUGUAGAAGUUGACAUGCAACGGUUGAUAUUCUGCGGCAGAGUUUUACAAGAUGAAAAAAGAGUCGCCGAUUACAAGGUGGCGGGGAAGGUGGUGCACAUGGUGGAAAGAGCGCCAGGUUGUCUUCACAGCUCGCAGCGACCGAACCCACCCGCCGGGCCCAACAUCGACCCGAGUGAGACGACGUUCUCGAUACAGCAACAAGAAUAUCUGUUCUCACCAAAUCACUCGCCCACAAUGACGAGACUGUUGAACUUCAAGACGCUGCUCAGGACUAUACGCACUUCCAUCAAAGCUUGCAAAGUGCCAGAUCCGGAUACACCUGAUAGCGAAAGUGACAGCGAAGAAUCAGAUGAGGAAGAAGCAUAUGGACCCUAUCUAGACAGGGCCAGGAACGAGGCGUACUCGCGGCCUGAAGACCUCGCGGACCUCUCGGACCAGUUACGCUUCCUUGAGGAGCAGUUCGAGCCGUACAGGGAGCGGUACAUGAUGUGCCUGCGAGAGGCGAACGAUCCGACGAUCACGUUGAGCGAGCGUACCCUGCAACGCCGCCAGCGGCUAGCGGACAAGGUUCGAGCGGUGUUCCACAACCUCAGCCACGCACACCAUCUUUUGAGCGACUUCAACUUGCUACUGUCCCACAAUGGAUCCCGACUCACGUCUGAGAUGCUCGUCGAGAAUCGACCAUUGUCACCACUUCAUGCUCAUGUAAACGUGGUGACAACAAAUCGCCCCGGCCAUCGUGGCGGCCCUGGGACGCACCACCACGGUCAUAGAACACAUAACGCAUCCGCAAACUCGAGCCAAGCUUCAAAUAACCAAGGUCAAAGCAGAUCCUCACAUCAAAACUCAAACGAAUACAGAUUCUCGAAUCUAACUUCAACAGCCGCGAGCAGAGCCCAAAUGAGUCAAGGUGCGAACCGGGCUGACGCGUCUGGCAACACAAGACCAGAAUCAGACGAACAAGCCAUGAAUUUAGACGAGGCCACAGGUUCCGGCCCCGCCAUGAGCGCAGACCACGACAUAAAAGUGGAAUCGGAGUUCGACGACGACACAAGUGGAGACCAGGCCACUCCGGGCCAGGCUUCAGGUCCUAAUCCAUCGACAAACACAAAUAGCAGAGACGCUAAAAACCAAAAUCAAACGACAAACUCUACGGCAAACCAGCAGCGGGGCCGUAACCCGAAUCAGCCGACGGUAAACAUCGAGGUGCACGAUCCUAUCACGGUUCAAGUGCAGAUCGAAACGCGCGUGCCAAUCCCAUUCGAAGCGAUGCUGGGCAACAUGGAACAACGCCAGAACCUAGCGCAAAACCAAAACCUAGACGCGCGCACAAACCAGCACGGAAACCAAGGUAACGGGGGCAACGAUGGAAACCAACAGGCCCCGGGAAACCAAGACAACCAAGCGAGCGGAGAAGGAGACGACAGUGAGAGGAGUCGAAUUGGCCUCAUGAUGGUUGAUCAUUUCCGCGACGUGCUGAAUCACGUGCGACAGGAUUUCCAGUUUAACGGUUUAGGGGCAGGUGAGUUAGGAGGUUUCGAGGUCGUUGUUAAUAUGGAUGACGGCUCUGGCGGUACUACUCCUGGACCUAAUGUUACUGGAGGAACUGAGCCGCAGUCAAAUUAUACUGGAAAUCAACAAAAUGUGGACGAUGGCAAUAGCAUCUUCGUCACCCAUGUGAACGGAGCUCAAUCGACAGCUGAUGUCAUACAACACGUAAUGGGCUCUAUAAUACGCCAAGGGCUAGCGGGCAUCACGCCCGAGGCUCACGUCAUGCACGUCUACCUACCCACCAUGGGACAAGGCUCCGGAUCGGCCUCCGCAAAUUCUGCAAAUGAUCAGGCGGAGGAUCAACCGAACCAAAACCAGAAUCCGACUGGUAAUGAGACACAAAAUCAGACUGAAAACGGAAAUCAGUCCACGACACAGAGUGAAAGUCAGGCCCAGACACCUCAGGCUCAGGGAGCGAGUGAUAAUGUCAAUCAGCCAGAUCAAGCUCCACCACGGUCCAACAGGCGUGUGCACAGGCAGCGGUUCGCGAGUCGAGCCAAUCACAACAUGUUCCGCCGCCUGCACAACUCGUACGCGCGCCACUACACAGUGCCCAUGGAGAAUGUCAUAUACGACCGCUUCUUGCAGUGCUCAAGCUUCAUGGGCCGUGAGGCGGCUCGGCUGAGCAAUCCUUCUAUUAUUAGCCACACGAGAAGCCACGAGCCGGGCCUAGUCUACAGGCCCGAAUCCACAAUGGGACAAAUUCAGAACAACGUGGAGAUGCUCUACAACUACUAUUCAAGGAACGAGUCGCCGUCCACACGGCUGCUGAUUGCUCUGACGCUGUUAUUGCGCGAGUCGAGCUCGUUCACAACGGGGCGGUUCCUCACGCCCCGAGACCUUGUGCCGCUGCGCCUGCCGCUGGCCGCGUACGCGCGUGAACUGCUCAACCACGACUUCAUCACCGGCGACGGAGAGGUGUUCGUGGACGCUAUAUUCCGCAGGCACGAGAGGUUCCUGCGACGAGUGCCGGAGAUGACGUCGAUCCGCCGGAACGUGGACAUAGUGGAGACGAUGCGCGUCGUGCUCGGCCGCUUCAUGGGCCAAGUCAUGAACUGCGUGAAAAUCACCAACCCGGAGCAGUUCAUGGACCGGUUCCGCCUGGUCUUCCCCAGGAUGUUCCUGGAGGUGUGCGGCUACAUGGCCCACUGCUGCACCGAAGGCACCGAGGGGGUCAGGGUCAUAUAUCGGUCCUUUAUUAUUGACGCCGUCGCCAACGUGGACGAAACCGUCAGGGACUUGCUGAUGAGCGUAUGCAUGGACAACAUAUUCGGCUUCCUGAACCGCGUGCGAAACUGCGCAGUACGCAACCUGCAGUUUGUGAGGAUGUUGCCCGACGCCACCACACAGAGCGACGAGUCGAGCGAUGAGGCAGAGAUGCGUGGGUACGCUCGCGCAGAGGCUAGAGCGCUGGCGAGAGCACGGGCGAGGGCGCAGGCUAGUGCGCAGUCGAGUGCACAAGCGAGUGCGCAGACAAGUGCGCAGACGAGUGCACAGGACAGUGCGCAAGCAAGGACAGUCGCACAGCCAAAAGAUAAAUCAAGCGCACAGAUGAGGCCUAAAAGCAGUUCGCAGACAACAUCACAGACGUGCGCGCAGGAAAGUGCGCAGACGAUGCCGCAGAUGAGUGCGCUGGAAUGUGCGCCGUCUAUUAUGCAGGUGAUUGAGGAGGCAAGUGCGCAAGUGUGUGCGGCGGCAUGUGCGGAGUCAGAUUCGGAGUCAAUUGCGGAGACAGUUGGGGAGACAUUGGCAGAGAAUGAGGAGCAGGCGAAUGCGGAGACUAGUGCGCAGAUAGACAGACGCAGAAUACAACAGAUUACGAACAGAGGAGAGUUCCCCUGCCCCGCGGCUGGCGGUACUAUGAUAGAGCUAGCCGAAAGGGUUGACUUCUCGGACCAUCCGCUAGUUGACCGGCUGUUCGGACAGAUAAGCGAUCGAUUGCAUUCCUUCGUUAACGGCGAAGUGGACUUAACAUUGGGCGAUGACGACGUCCCCAUGGAAGCUAACGGGUCAGAUAACGAGAUAACGGUCCCACGAUGCACCAUGGGCUCCUUCCAGCAUCGACACGCAUCAUCGAGUGCAAACGCGGCUCCGACGAGCAAUGGCGACGCUCACAAGGAGCGCAAGGGCCGCUUUUCGGCCCCGUGCAUUUCGACCAGCAGCUCUAGUGACGAAGAGGGCAGCUCUGGAAGCAGCCGAAGAAUGUACCUGACGCCGAGAUUGAACCACCAGCCAAUAUCGGAGGACUCUGCAUCGUCGGUGGAUGAGAAUUUCGUGCCGCCGGAUAGCAUCAUCGAGCACUGGGGCCAGGAUUGGGAGGCGACGUUCCGCCGCGACCGGCACGUGCAGUGCAACGAGCAGGCGCAGGAGCGUGCGCGGAACACGAUGCGCGAGCAGGACACGGACACGUACGCCGGCGCCGACGAGCCGCUCAGCGACGCGUACAUGUCCGGUAUGCCAUCUAAGAAGCGUCGUUGCGUACGCCAAUCACGCCCCCCCACGACACUGACCGGCUUCAUACAGGAGAGUUUGGAAACGGCUGUCGUUAGACUGCCCGCCGCCGAGGACGAACGAGUACGUGCGAUAUUCCACGUGGCCAUCCGAGACAUGGCCCGCUCCAGGGCUGAACAAUCGCUGGACUAUAACGCUAGGCGUUACCCCGCGGUUGAAGAAAUGGCGCGUGGGGACAGCCCAUCGGAUGAAGGCCCGGCGCUUCCAGAACACUCCGAUAAUUCAGGGGGUCUGUAAGCGUCUAACCGGUGUAAGACAGGAAUCCAAAAAAUCACUAUUAUUAGUUUGUAAGGAAAAACUGGAUAUGACAUUGUGUUUUAACACUCUUCCCGGAUAUGACAUGUUAGACAUUUUUAUUUUGCCGUUAUGGUCCAAGUGUCGUAUGAUCCAGUGCUGCCAGUCCCUACUUAUACUUUAAAGGGCAAAAUGUGGGAUUUGACUCGAAAUACCUUUUCCUUACCCUCCCCAAUCCUUUCCUUUAUUACCCUCGAAAGGACUGUUUUCCUUCCUUGUCAUCCUUCAUUCUCUCUAUUCCCUAUAUUCUUCACCUUUUAAAGUCGGCAAUCUACCUUAUGCCCGCAAACCUGCUAAGUUUGGCUGGUGGGCUAUUCGUAGAUAUCUAGUGAGCUAAUGUACCUUAGAAUAUUGUGAACUUGACUUUUUUACUUCUGCUGCUGAAUCUCGGAAAUAAGACAUUAAACUUUGAUUAUUCAAGUGUAAUAGCUUACUAGGACUGCGUGGUAUCUCGUCCAGGUCUAGUGGGUGAAGUGACAUCAGCGCAUGGUGUUCACUUAGAGCGGUAGCGGAGGAGUGCCUUCAGGGCACCAACGGUGGCGCUCACUGGAAGAAUUAGUAGGCUUUAUGCGCACCCAAAAUGCACUAGACCAGCGUGAUGGGAUUAUCUGUCCCAACUUCUUUCUCGAAAAAUAACGUGCAUAUUAAGGCGUCUCCUCCGGAGACGAUCCUUCCGAUCCGAUAAGGAGAUCCUUCACUUUGAGGUUCUAAGGUUCAAAAUAGUCCCUAAAAUAACAUAAAAAACCAGACAUGAAAAUAUAUUAAUAUGGAAUAUUACAAGUUAUUUUUGCAUUGCUCAAACUAAGUAAUCAUCAACGGAGAGAGUUUAAUAACAUUACUAUAAAAUCGACGAUUUAAAUAGGCUAUUUGACAGUAUAAAAAAUAAAUUACUUUUUUGUGUAAUCCAUAUAUAUAUAAGGUUUUUGAAGCGAUUUAAAUUAAUAAAUGAUAUAAAUAAUAACUUAUUUAUUUAUAAAUCGUCGAGAAAAAACAUCAUAUUUUUUAAAAUUACCACGUGACCGAAAACAUCAAUGAUUGGCUGCAUCUGCCAUGACGUCACAGCGGCGUAAAUAACAAAUGAUCCCAACGUUUAUUCACGUAAUUGCUGAAUUUCGCUUUUGGUUUUGUUUCUUGUAUAACUUAUUUCUUGUGAUUCAAGGUGUCUGUAAUCAGUUUUGUUCUUUAUGUGUUUUUUUUGUUUGUCAUGGAACCUAAUUUCGAAAAAGCAGACAGUCGAAAUCUACUUACCUAAAGUGGACGCUAUAAUGGUUGGCAUGUUCUUUAAAAACAACCCAGAUUUUUACGCUCCUCAAUAAUUGAAAAAUGUGAAAACAGCUACGUAAGUUAAUAUUUCAAUCGUCAUUCACCUUUUUAGUUAAAUGUACCUACAAACAUGAAUGACAAUAGCACAAUAAUUAUGAAGUAUACAUUUUUUAGGUUUCUUUGUUUUUCAUUUCAGCCAUCCAGUUUAUAGGAUUGACAUGCUUGUAUUGAUUAUUUUCAAUAACAAUACAAACACGUCAUCAUCAAUUUAUAUAUAUUAUCAUUAUAUUACCUCAAGCAGGUAAGUAAUGAGACGAUACUAUGUAUUGCAAAUAAAAUAAACUGCCUACUAGGUAUUCAACACCAUACUUGCAUCGAAGUGGUCUUCUCAAAAAAAUAUAACUGUUUUAAUUGAUAUAAUAUCUAAUAUCACUUGGAUUUCUGCGAGCUAACUGCAACCACUUUCUACGCAUUUUUAUAUCUUUUGGAGCACAUAUAAAUACCUAGUUUGUCAGGGGUUUUAAUAGUUGUAUUUCUGCAUCCAGGAACUACACACCAAUAAGUACUCAUUUUCUGGUUUUUAAACAGAUUAACUUAAUUAUACUAUAAUUAAAACAAAUACGAACAAUAAGUACUAGGAACAAGUUGUUGUUUACGCCGCUGUGACGUCACCAUGGUCGCGAGCCGCCAUAUUCUUCAAAAUUGUGUUUUGGCGGCAUAUUUGAAUAUCAUGUUUUUAUUUUCCAUUUUCUCAAUGAAUAACUACAAAAAAUUAAGAAACAUGUGUUUUGUGUGUUCUAUAAACGUAUCUUAAUAAUUUGAGACAGUUAUCAAAACCUUGUCAAAUAGCCUAUUGAGUAAAUUAAUCAUAUUUAAGAUUUACUUUCUCACUAGAUACUCGGCGACUGGCCCGCGUAACCAACUUAACAGACAAGCGGGCAUUACAUAUAAACAGUACUUUCUAUCUCACAUUUUGUUGUUUAGAAAAUAAGUACAGUUUGGCGAAACUGGAAUCUUCAAUUGGACCAUUUACAAAAUAAACGAUGCCCCCACGGAUUCUACGUUAACACGGCUUUGACUAGUAUAAGAUUUUCGACAAUCUUAAGGAAAAGGUUUCUACAGUGCAGGUCAUUCAUGCCUAAGGGACAGCGAUUGACUUGCCUAAAUUAUAGGCUGAUAGGACAUGUUAAUAUUAGUGUGAUUCUUGGUAUCUGAUACCGUGAUUUUCAAGCAUGGUAGCAUAUAUCUCUACAAAUUGCACAUUGUAUAUGUACAACCCGGAUUUGCACAUUGUAUGUACUUAUGAUGUUUUACAUAAAUACAAAAAAUACAUAGGUACCUAUUUAUCCUAAUUAUUAAUUAAGUAGCUCCUAGACGGGGAAAUUUAACACAAGUUUCUCUGCAUGUAAAACGAUACUCGAUUUUGACUGCUUGUUGAUUAAACGCCUCUAACGACCACUCCACGUUGAGUACCGUUUUAUAAACAUGCACCUUCAGGCCUCGUUUUUCUGUCUCAUCCUCGUGGUUGUUGUAUAGAAUACGCUAAUAUAUACAUAUAAUAAUAAUUUCUGUAAAAUAAUCACGUACGAUAGUAAAAUAUGGGCCUUGAAAUAAAGUCGUAUUGAUUUUAAUGCAUGGUAAAAUCAAUAUGAAUAUAAAUACUAUCUAUGGUGAAUCUAUCUAUGGUUUAAAAAAAUAUUAAGUGUUGAUAUUUUGUGUAUAGGCUGUACAUGGUACUACACAUAAUAUAGUGCAUAGUUUGGGUGUUCCACAUUUAUUUCGACGUUGCUAUAUAUAACACUAUAUUUGUUUAUACAUUUGUGUUUCUUCGUACACACAGCUAUGGUGUGUGUUCAAAGACAAAUCUUAUUUAUAUUAGCAACAAACCUUAAGAGGUUAACUAGUUUUAAAUUGUUUUUAAGGCACACGACUCUAUGUAAAUUAUGUUAGUAAUUUUGUGAGCCGUUUUAAGUGUCUCUUGUUUCAUAUUGUUUUAAAUUGUAUUUUUAAUUAUGUUAGAGGUGUGUGUCUGCAUACUUAAAUGGGUUGUUUAAAAUUUAGUUAAGUUCAUUCGCAUUCCAUUCGCUUGCAAUUUAUUGUGUAGUAUUUAAUUUGCGGAAUGGAAAAAUACAAGAGUAGGUUGUCAUGCUUUGUACGGCGCUGUCUUUUUGGCUUUAUAUAUUUUUUUUUAUAUUUCUGUAUCGGCUUCUUUUUAUAUAUAGAGAAUUUAAACGUUAUUUAGUAAUUUUAACCUUAAGGAUAUUAUGUAAGAGAUUUGUCGCGCCUGUGCGACUGGGUGUUUUGUUGAAAAUGUGAAGUAGUGAAAAAUAAAGAAUAAAAAUAC